AUCUUCAUUCCUCCCAUUUGUGGUGGUCCCUCCCUGGCCUUUUCCCUGUGGUACCUCCUUGGCCGUUCAUGGUGGUUCCUGCCUGGCCGUUUGUGGUGGUUCCUCCCUGGCCGUUUGUGGUGGUUCCUCCCUGGCCUUUCCUCAUGGUUCCUUCCUGGCCGUUUGUGGUGGCCCUUCCUUUCCUUGUGGCCCUUCCUUUCCUCGUGGUUCCUUCCUGGCCAUUCGUGGUGGUCCGUCCUUCCCUCAUGGUUCCUUCCUCUGGCCGUUCAUGGUGGUCCUUUCCUUUCCUCGUGGCUCCUUGCUGGCCUUUUUUCAUGGUUCCUUGCUGACCUUGGUCCCUCCUUUCAUUCAUCUCUCCGCUAUCUUUUCCUCUUUUCUUUUUGUCCUGUAACUACAUAUGUAGUAUUUAAAUAUAAAUAAAAUUAAUUUGCUUCACAAAA